GGCGCAGGCGCCGGAAGCGGAGAGCGACGACGGGACGUCGCGUCGCCGCGCCGGGUCGGGAGCAGCUGCCGGAGUCGCCCGAGGGACCGCCGCCCCCGCCCCGCCAUGGCCGAGAGCGACUGGGACACCGUGACGGUGCUGCGCAAGAAGGGCCCCACGGCCGCGCAGGCCAAGUCCAAGCAGGCCAUCUUAGCAGCUCAAAGACGAGGUGAAGAUGUGGAGACGUCUAAGAAAUGGGCUGCUGGCCAGAACAAGCAGCAUUCGAUCACCAAGAACACAGCCAAGCUGGACCGGGAGACGGAGGAGCUGCACCAUGACAGGGUGACCCUGGAGGUGGGCAAAGUGAUCCAGCGAGGCCGGCAGAGCAAUGGGCUGACGCAGAAGGACCUGGCCACGAAAAUCAAUGAAAAGCCUCAAGUCAUUGCGGACUACGAGAGUGGACGCGCCAUUCCCAAUAACCAGGUCCUGGGCAAAAUCGAGAGAGCCAUUGGCCUCAAGCUCCGGGGAAAGGACAUCGGAAAGCCCAUUGAGAAGGGGCCACGGGCGAAAUGAGCACAAAGCCUCGAAGCCAGUGCGUUCCGGCUGAGCUCUUCUGGUUGGUCCCCUGACUACCAGCACUGCCGUGGGUCUCCCACGAGGUGGAGCGGAACAUGGGGGCAGGGCUGUGGGCCCCCUCGACCCAUACCUGCUGUCAAACAAAGCAUAAGCUUGCAAAGUA